CUCACUGUUUCAGUAUGAAUGGACAAUGGACAGAAUAUGGUGAUAUUAAAGUCGUUUGAGAACCGGUUUCUUUCUGGUCCUUUCACUAAACAAGUGGAGAAGGACAAACCUGUAAACACAGUUGAACAAGGUUUCUAGCUACUUAAAUGGAGACAAUGCUAGUGGCAUUACCAUUGCUCGUUCUGGCAUCCUCAGUGUAUGCAGCUUAUAUUGAUCUGACAUACCCCAUCAAUGCCGACACCUUGUACUGGUUCAAGGACAAGUUUGUGUUGACGCCCCUGGUGCGCCAGACUGAUCCCCAUUGGGUGGCCACCAACAAACUGACUACACCCGAACACGGAGGCACCCACAUAGACGCCCCCUACCACUUCAACCCCGAUGGCUGGAAAUUGGGACAGGUCCCUCUCAGUAGGCUGUUUAUGGUGGAAGGGGUGUUGAUAAACAAGACAGAAGCGGUCCAGAAGGAUCCUGAGUACCAGCUGACAGUGCAGGAUAUUGAGGAGUGGGAGAAAGAGAACGGUCCAUUGCCCAGUGGUUGUGUGGUGCUGGUGCUGUUUGGCUGGGGUCACAAAUAUCCAGAUCGCAAGACCUAUCUGGGACUCCAGGGCGAUGGAGACUGGGACAGGCACUUCCCCUCGAUCACUGGAGAGGCAGCCAAGUGGUUAGUGGACUCAGGCAAGGUUUACGGAGUAGGGACAGAUACUGCUUCACCUGACAGCAAGGGAAUCCCUAUUGUACACAAAACACUGACCAAGGAGAACCUCUACAUCAUGGAGAACCUGGACAUGAGCCAUCUGAAGGAUGUGCCUCCCAGAGGAUUCAAACUGGCAAUACUCCCCAUGAGGAUAGAGGAGGGAACCGGAGCUCCUGUCCACGUUAUCUUGGUCACCAAGGAGAAAACUGAUUAGUAAUUUCCAAAUGAUGGAAUGUAAUAGUAUUUGUAGUAUUAGAAUAGUUAAAAAUCAUAUAAAUAAUUUUUAAAAAUGUCUUAAUUACAUUUAAAAAUAAAUCCAAACUAUGGGA